UUUAGCAAAGCCCGGUCACGAGAGCUAUCUGGACCUGGGCCGCCGAGUCCGCCAUUAGUUACAGGUAGCGUGAGCAAUGAGCGGUGCCGUGAGUUUCAAAAAGUGCGGCUCUGUGCUGGUGACGGGAGCCAGCCGAGGGCUCGGGCUGCAGAUAGUCGAGAGCCUGGCCAGCGGAGGUUUCUCACCCGACAAGAUCAUAGCCGCGUGCAGACAGCCCGCGAGCGCGCAGAAACUUCAGGAGCUGGCAGAGAAACAUCGCAACGUCCAUAUAAUCACUUUGGAUGUAUUGAACCAGGAGAGUAUUGAGAAGUCUGUAGAAGAGGUGGGUCUGCUGGUGCAACAAGAGGGUCUGAACUGCCUGAUCAACAAUGCAGGGAUCAAUGUGGUGGCCGACUUUCAUACCGUCACUGCAGAGAAGAUGAUAGAAAACUUCCACACAAAUGCUGUGGCUCCUCUAAUGAUCACCAAGGCCUUUCUGCCUCUGCUGAAGCAAGCUGCGUCCAGAAGAGGAGCAGGUGGUGCAGGGAGCAUGGGCAUCCAGAGGGCUGCCGUCAUUAACAUGACAUCGCUGCUGGGCUCUGUGGAGCUUGCCUGGGGGGAACGGGCCAACAACUUCAGAUGGUACCCCUACAGGACGUCCAAGAGUGCCCUAAACAUGGUGAGUCGCUGUAUGGCUGUUGACCUUGAGCCUGAUGGGAUUCUCUGUAUGGCUAUUCACCCUGGCUGGGUCCGCACUGACAUGGGGGGGUCAGAGGCUCCACUCUCUUCAGAGGAGAGCGUUUCUUCCAUCUUGUCUGUGAUUGGUGGACUGAGUGAAAAGGAUCAUGGGUCAUUUCUGAACUUUACAGGAGAGGUGUUGCCGUGGUGACCCUGAUCAUCAGAGCAAUAAACAGGAUGAAUCUAAGCGCCACUAACUCAGACGAAUGGCUGUUUAUUCAGUCAGAUCAGCUUCAGCUAUGCAAACAAGAACGCAUCUUUGGCGCAAAGUGGACCCUGUUAAAUCUUUAUCGAGCUCUACCUUUUAAUAGGAGAGUCAUGCAUAUUUCACCUAAAUACAACUACAUGAUAGGAGAGCAACAUUAUUCAAUUUCUAAAAAGGAGGCUAUUUUAAAGUGUUCAGAACUGCUGUAGCUGGGCAGGGUAUGCUAUGUGCUGUAGCUUGUCUUCUACAUACAGCACACUCAGCAAACUGUUAGCCAGUGCAGCCCUACAUACCUAACAUGUUUCAGAAAACAUGACAUAAAUGACAAUAUAGAAAACACGGUUAUAAUUACAUACAGUAUGUCUUCACAGUAGAUGUUAAAAUUGUUGAGAAAUUCUACAUUAAUGAACAAUGUAAAAUGUGCUUAUAGCUUUGUACAGCUACAUAGGAGUGUGUUGUGAACCAUUUCUAAGUGAAGUGAAUUAUCUGGCCCUCCAGUUGAAAUGUUAGAAUAUAGUAGAAUCUAUAUAGUGUAUUGAAAAUACACUAGUUUACCAUGUGUAUACUGUUUUAUGCUGCUGUGUAAAUAAACAUAGAAAU